GCGCGUCCGAGGCAUAGAUUCCAGAUGGGAAGGUAGAACGAGAAGUAGGGCUGUCUUAUGCGCUACCGGAGCGCGAUAGAGAGCGUACCUUCCUACAUUCUUUAAAAGAUAGAUCCCUCACCAAAUACUUGUCUAUUCCUGACGAUCAUCGUUAUCUUUAGCUUCAGUUCUCUCUCUCUUCUCACCUCGUUGUUCAAGCCAAGAUGCAUUUCCCCGCCGUUGUCGUCGCUACCUUUGCCAGCCUAGCCGCAGCCCACCCCGGGCACGAUCAUGCAGCCGAGGUUGUCGAACGUCGACAGUUCAUCCAGAACGUAGCCCGCAGCGAUCUCGGGCAUUGCGCCGAGAAGCUGAAGGCCAGAGGAGUAGAGGCCAGGGCUGUGCAACGUCGCAAAGCCAUUGCUGAUGCCAAAGCCAAGCGUGGCAUCACCGCACGUGAGGUUGCGGACAAGAACAAGUCGCAUCUUUCCACUGCCGAUUACGAUCUCAACACGCCUCUCGAUGUGAUGUUUGCAACCAACAAGUCCUGCCUCCUGAGUCCAGAGGUGACCGAGGGUCCCUAUUACGUCUCGGGAGAGCGCAUUCGCCGAGACCUCACAGAAGAGGAGAAGGGUGUCGCCUUGACAGUUGAUAUCGCCGUCUACGACGUCGACACCUGUGAACCUAUUCCCCAGAGCUAUAUCGAAAUCUGGUCUUGCAAUUCCACGGGUAUCUACUCAGGUGUACCUUCUGGGGCCAACUACACUCCGGCCCCGCAGAACCUGGAGACCAGCUUCCUCCGCGGCCUCCAGCUGUCCGACAGCGACGGCGCUGUGCAGUUCGACACUCUGUACCCAGGACACUACCAGGGCCGCACACAGCACAUCCACGUCAUUGUGCACCCCAACGCCACCGCACGCGAGAACGACACCAUCCUCGACACGACCGCCAGCCACGUGGGCCAGAUCUACUUUGAUCAGGCGCUUUCCGACCAGGUUGAGACCUACGAGCCGUACGCUUCCAACACGCAGGCCAUCACCACCAACUACGACGACAUGCUGAUUGACUCGAGCUUGGCCACCGGGGACGCCAUGGUCAACUACGUCCUCUUGGGCGAGGAGGUCGGCGACGGCCUCCUCGCUUGGAUCAGCUUCGGUGUCAACACUACCUACGGGAGAGCGGUCAAUGAUGCUGCUACCUACUAUGAGGGCGGUGGUGUUGCCAACUCCGCCGGUGGGAGAGUUGCCAACUCCGCCGGCGGGAGAGUUGCCAACUCCGCCAGCAGGGGAAGAGCCACACCUAUGUGGAUGCGUUAGAAUUGUUUUUUCCCCAGCAACUAGAAGAUGUCUAUAGUCAGGCAGCGAAUGAGGAACACCUAGCAGUACAUAUUACGAAAUCGAGGAUUCGCUCAACAAAAUUGAGAAUCUUGUCCAUGAUCGCAUGCUCUUCCUCUGAUCAACGAAACGCUUCGGUGAUCAUCGAAAGCACACUGGCUUACAACUCAAUGUGUGCCGGACAACGCUGAUCCUGGGCCCCAUCAUCGUCUCGCCUGAUACUUCUCAAUGAGCUUGCCCUGAACCGUCUCGCCCAGCCGGGCCCGGCUCUCCACACGCGCAAUCUCAAGCACCGACACCUCCGCGCCCAGCGUCCUCCGGAUCCAGUUCCUCAGCUCGAUGCUGACCAGCGAGUCAAUGCCGACCGCCCCCAGCGGCGCGUCGAGGUCCAGCUCCCCUUCAGCCCGCUUCAGCUCCAGGCAGUCCAGCAGCUCCGGCUCCCUCAUGAGAUACUGCCCCGUGGCCCUCAGCGAGUCGAGCACGGAGGGGUUCUCGCUCACAUAGCCGACGUCUCCGACGACGCCGAUGUUCACGACGCUGGCGGCGAGGCCGAGCGAGUGGCGGUACGAGACGAAGGCAUCCAGGAAGGUGUUUCCGGCGUUGUAGUUUGCCUGGCCCCACUGGCCCGUCAUGGCACCGAGGGAGCUGAAAAGAAGGAAGUGGUCCACAGGAUGAUCUGCCUGCUCGUGGAGGAGGGCGUUGUGUAGAUUCCAUGUCCCUUGGAUCUUGGGCCGGGACGCUGCGGUCCAUUGGGUCCACGACAUGUCAUUGAGACUUGUGUCCUGUUGCAUAUUUCCUUAGUCCUGAACAAUAC